AUAACAGAUGUAAUUAUGAGUUUUUUUCGUAGGUGAAACAUAUGCUCAGGUCGCUGUUUAAAGGAACGAAUCUUCAUGGAUCGAAUGCUCGCAUUAUCACCAAAGAGUCACUCAGCUGAUACAGGAAAAAAACUCUACACUUCUGAGAAUUUACAUACUUGUGUUGGGGGUUUGGUGUACCUCUUAACUGGCAUUAAUAACUUCGCACUCUUCCUCCUGACUUCUUUUGUUUACGUCUGCCAAACAGGAUAUGCGUCACUGGCGAUGCUUCCUGUCACGGGGAUAUGCCGCACAAUCCGAUUGGUGCGAUUUGAAAAUUUGCUCUUGUGACGCUCACCGACGAGGGAGAUUUCGAAUUUGGAGAAGAAAGAGAAGCGGUUUGUUGUUUCAAUUUUCAGACAGGUUGAAGAGGAGCGUUUCACUAUGAGCAAGGCCGUUAAGAUGAAACCUGUAAGGCGGCUUGUUCCAAAGAAACCAUCUAAUAACAUUUUGAAGGAUCCUGUUGGGGUAUACUGUCGAGUGCGGCCUCUAAGCCAAGAUGAUCAGGAGUGCUGCAUUGAAGUCAUCAGUGAGACAACCAUUCAGCUGCAUCCUCCAGAUGGAAUAAAAGUGAACAGAAAUGGGGAAUUCAAAGAGACCCAGUAUUCUUUUAAGAAAGUGUUUGGUAUUAACACUACACAAUUAGAGCUGUUUGAGGAUGUGGCAAAACCUUUGGUUGAUGACUUGCUGCAUUGUAAAAAUGGUUUGCUUUUCACCUAUGGGGUAACUGGAAGUGGAAAAACAUACACAAUGACUGGCUCUCCAGGUCAAGGUGGUCUCCUUCCUCGUUGUUUGAAUAUGAUUUUCAAUAGUAUAGGGCCUUAUCAGGCCAAGCGCUUUGUUUUUAAAACAGAUGACAAAAAUGGCAUGGAGAUUCAGACGCAGGUUGACGCUUUGCUGGAGAGGCAGAAAAGAGAAAACCAGUCUGCGUUGAUAAAAACUCCUAAGCAGAGGCUGGACCCUGAUGUUGCUGAUAUGAUCAACAUUGAAGAUGCCUGCAAAGUUGAAGGCAUUGAUGAAGAUAGUGUAUUUGCUAUUUUUGUCUCCUACAUAGAAAUUUAUAACAACUACAUCUAUGACCUCUUGGAGGACACUCCUUUUGAGCCGAUAAAGCCAAAGUGGAAUGGCUGUGGUACACCAAUGCGAAGCACCGAGUUCAUACCUCCUCAGUCUAAAAUUCUCCGGGAGGAUCAAAACCACAACAUGUAUGUAGCAGGGUGUACUGAAGUAGAAGUCAAAUCAACUGAAGAGGCCUUUGAAGUUUUCUGGAAAGGUCAGAAGAAAAGAAGAAUUGCCAACACACAGCUAAACAGAGAGUCCAGCCGCUCCCAUAGUGUGUUUAUCAUCAAACUUGCACAAGCCCCACUAGAUGCUGAUGGAGAUAAUGUGCUACAGGACAAAGAACAGAUCUGUGUUAGUCAACUUUGUCUCGUUGACUUAGCUGGUAGUGAAAGAACCCACCGAACAAAGGCUGAAGGAAAUCGGCUCAGAGAGGCUGGCAACAUAAACCAGUCCUUGAUGACACUCAGGACCUGCAUUGAAGUCCUUAGAGAGAAUCAGAUGUAUGGAACAAAUAAGAUGGUUCCAUAUAGGGACUCUAAAGUAACUCAUCUAUUUAAGAACUAUUUUGAUGGAGAAGGAAAAGUAAGAAUGAUUGUUUGUGUCAACCCCAAAGCUGAUGACUAUGAGGAAACUCUGUUGGUCAUGAGGUUUGCAGAGAUGACUCAAGAAGUGGAAGUGGCUAGACCAGUAGACAGGCCAAUAUGUGGUCUUACCCCUGGGCGUAGGCACAGAAACCAAGCAUUUAAGGAUGAGCUUACUCGGAAACUGGAAGAAAGGGGAGGUCCCAUUAAUGGAGAUGAUGGUUCGAUGAUAGAUAUUCUGCUGCAGAGUUUUCCACCUCUUCCUUCCUGUGAGCUUGUUGACCCAAGUGAUGAACAAACCCUGCCUGCCCUGAUAGAGUGCCUAGAAAAGCGGCAACGUGCGAGAGAAAUGUUGAUUGAGGCGUUCCAUAAUCAAGUUGUUAAGACAAAAUCUAUGAUCCAGAACUUUGAAGGAACUGUCUCUGGAAAAGACAACAUUAUCCAGGAGCAACGUGCAAAACUCAGUGACAAGGACAGAGUUAUAUUACAACAUAAAUCUGAGUUGGAUCGGCUUGAAAAGAAAACAAAAACAUUGGAGUACAAGAUUGAAAUCCUCCAGAAAACUGCUAAUAUUUAUGAGGAAGACAAGCGAGCACUGCAACAGGAGCUUGACACAAAGGAUCAGAAACUGCACAGGCAGCUAUCUGAUAACCGUCGGUUAGAAGCACGACUGCAAGGAGUGGCAUCUGAAACAAAAAUAAAGUGGGAGAAAGAAUGUGAAAGGCGUGUGGCAGCCAAACAGCUGGAAAUGCAGAACAAAUUAUGGGUCAAGGAUGAAAAGCUGAAGCAGCUGAAAGCCAUUGUAACUGAAAACAAAAAUGAGAGGCCUGACCAGCCUGAAAAACCUGAGAGGCCAUCAAGGGAUAAAGACAAGGUCCUGCUUCGCCCUGUGACCCCAUCACCUGCUUCACUCUACAAUUGUGAGGUUCCCCCCUCUUUCUCCAAACCUUCCACACCCAGCCAGCAAUCAAGCGGCCUUUCUGUGGCAUCAUGUGUUUCUGAAUGGGAACAGAGAGUCCCUCAGUCCAACUGGCAGGCUGGCACAACACCUACAAGUAGGCCUCUUGGCCCUGGCUCAUAUGGGAGUCAAGGCAGAAGGCGAGGUCUGUACCAGACUGGAGAGAGAGGCACUUGCAUUCUUCCACCUAGUAAUGUACAUGUGGAAGAUGAGAUCUUGCACAGGAGUGCACCUCCGGUUCGGCCUCGUCACAGACGUUCACGCUCCGCGGGUGGGGAGAGAUGGGUAGAUCAUAAGCCAGCCAGUAAUUUGGAGCUAGAUACAGUCUUGCAACCGCACAUUCCCAAUGCAAUCCAGGUAUCUACUCCCAGUGAAAAAGCCUUGUCUAAAUGUGACAAAUAUGUGCUGACACACCAGGAGCUUGCGUCUGAUGGCGAGAUUGAGACAAAGCUCAUUAAGGGUGAAGUAUUCCGGACAAGAGGCGGUGGCCAGGCAGUUCAGUUUACUGACAUAGAGACACUCAAGCAGGAGUCCCCAACUGGCUCAAGGAAAAGGCGGUCAUCUGGUAAUAUUCCAGUACAGCAGGAGGAAACCACAGAGAAUGAAUGGACUGAUGUAGAAACAAGAUGUUCCGUUGCUGUUGAGAUGAGGGCUGGUUCGAAUCUUGGACCUGGAUACCAGCAUCAUGGGCUUCCCAAGCGUCGAAAACCCUAGAACUUGUGUCCCGUUUCCUGCCUUCAUCUUCCAGUAUAGCCCAAGUGUCAUAAAGCAGCUGAAUGUAGUGAAGCACUACGUGGGACUGUAAAGUGAAUUUACUAAGCUAUUUGUGUCACUUGUAUUGUUUUUCCCCAUAUCUAAUUAUAUUUAUCACUGUAAGAAAGUAAAGAUGUAUAUUCAGUUUUUAAUCGAAGCAUUUGAUUUUAUGUUUUGCAUUUAUACUCCUUUUAGGUUUACACAAAAAGGGAGCCCAGUUUUUUAAUAUUCAAGUUCAAACCCAUGACUUUGUUUUGCGAGUAGCAAUCUGAGCAUUUUAUAUUAAUCCAAAUCCUGAGUGGGUCCAGUUGUGUGUGUUUGUUUUUUUUUUUUUUCUUUUUUCUUUAUAAAUGACAUACCAUAAAGGACCCAUCUUUAUAUUUAUGCUUGUUUGAGAAGACUGGUCAGCCAGCAAGUAUUCAGCCCUCUGACGAGUGAUUUGUGGAAGAGCUUGCCUGCAACAGGCUGGACUUAUGAUUAUUACUCUUUGCAACAUGGGACCCAGUUAACUGUUUUAGUUUUUCUUGUUUUUGAAUGCUGCUAUUCACAAAGCUUGUUAAAAGCACUUUAGUUUGUGUUCCUGAACACGUUUCCUUGUUCCCUCUUCCCUUCUGCUUCCCUGUCUAUAUCAAUGAGGCUUGCACAAAGUACACACUGAAGUGUAGACAUGGUUGGAUUGCUGAGUAGUUUGCUGGAUACCUUUAAAUAAAACAAGUUGUUAAUAUUCAUACAAAUCUGUCUGCAAAAAUGCAGCUGUUUCACUUGUGAUUAUUUAAUGAGUUCUGUUGUAUCUUAUUGUUUUUUUUUUUUAGUAAAUGCACUUAAUUAAGGUUAAAGAAAGUAAAUGUUUUGACUUGGUGUAAGAAAUGUCUCCUUGUAAUUGUUACUGGUAUAAUAUUUUAACAAAAGAAACACUAGUGCCAUAAAUA